ACAGGCGGCACACCCACCUCUUCCAAUUGGCUCUGCGCUGCCAGGAGGCGGGGACAAGGCAAAGGGGGAGCAGACGCCAUCCCGGCCAGAAAAGGCCCGAAGAGACCAGAAGACCUCCAGAGCGAGGUCUGAUCUUGUUUUCCAGAUCCGUAGGACCGAAGCUCCAGGAGGAGGAGGAGGAACCGCCCAACAUGGCAUCGGAGAGUGGGAAGCUAUGGGGCGGCCGGUUUGUGGGUGCUGUCGACCCCAUCAUGGAGAAGUUCAACUCAUCCAUCUCCUAUGACCGGCAUCUGUGGAACGUGGACGUGCAGGGGAGCAAGGCCUACAGCAGGGGCCUGGAGAAGGCGGGCCUUCUCACCAAAGCCGAGAUGCAGCAGAUACUGCAAGGCCUGGACAAGGUAGCUGAUGAGUGGGCCCAGGGCACCUUCAAACUACACCCUAACGAUGAAGACAUCCACACAGCCAAUGAGCGGCGCUUGAAGGAGCUCAUCGGUGAAACUGCGGGAAAGCUACAUACAGGACGAAGUCGCAACGACCAGGUGGUCACGGACCUCAGGCUGUGGAUGAGGCAGACCUGUUCAAAACUCUCUGCCCUCCUCUGGACGCUUAUUGGAAGCAUGGUCGACCGGGCUGAGGCGGAACGUGAUGUCCUCUUCCCAGGGUACACACACCUGCAGAGGGCUCAGCCCAUCCGCUGGAGCCACUGGAUCCUGAGCCACGCUGUUGCCCUGACGCGAGACUCAGAGAGACUGCUGGAGGUGCAGAAGCGGGUCAAUGUCCUGCCGCUGGGGAGUGGGGCCAUUGCAGGCAACCCCCUGGGUGUGGACCGGGAGCUACUCCGAGCAGAACUGAACUUCGGCGCCAUCACACUCAACAGCAUGGAUGCCACCAGCGAGAGAGACUUUGUGGCGGAGUUCCUGUUCUGGGCUUCUCUGUGUAUGACCCACCUCAGCAGGAUGGCAGAGGACCUUAUCCUCUAUGGCACCAAGGAAUUCAACUUCGUGCAGCUCUCCGAUGCCUACAGCACUGGAAGCAGCUUGAUGCCCCAGAAGAAAAACCCAGACAGCCUGGAGCUGAUCCGGAGCAAAGCGGGCCGAGUGUUUGGGCGGUGUGCUGGGCUCCUGAUGACUCUCAAAGGACUUCCAAGCACCUACAACAAGGACUUACAGGAAGACAAAGAAGCCGUGUUUGAAGUGUCUGACACCAUGACUGCUGUCCUCCAAGUGGCCACGGGAGUCAUCUCCACGCUGCAGAUUCACCGUGAGAACAUGACACAGGCACUCAGCCCUGACAUGCUGGCCACCGACCUCGCCUAUUACCUGGUCCGCAAAGGGAUGCCAUUCCGCCAGGCCCAUGAGGCCUCAGGGAAAGCUGUGUUCAUGGCAGAGACUAAAGGAGUCGCCCUCAACCAGCUGUCGCUGCAGGAACUGCAGACCAUCAGCCCCCUGUUCUCCGGUGACGUGAGUCACGUGUGGGACUACGGCCACAGCGUGGAACAGUACAGUGCCUUGGGUGGUACUGCACGAUCCAGUGUGGAGUGGCAGAUCGGCCAGGUGCGAGCCCUGCUGCGGGCCCAGCAGGCCUAGAUUCCACCCACCCAAAGCUGCUCGCGCCCCAGUAAUAAAGUGGGACCCUGAAGAGA